UAGAUGAACUGGUUUUCAUACAUAGAUGAAGAGACAGCUCCAUUGUUAACAAGAGCUGGUUUCUGGCUUUGAUCAUAAAACUGGUAUAUAUGGCUGAGGCUAUUGUUUCCAUUGUGGUCGGAAGGCUCGGAGACUUCAUCAUUCAUGAAGCCAAUCUCUUGUGUGGAGUCAGGGACCAGGUUGAGCUUGCACAGACAGAGCUACAGAUGAUGCAGGGCUUCUUGAAAGAUGCAGACAAAAGGCAGAAGGAUGAUGAAACAGUGCGCAUUUGGGUUGCCAAAGUUAGAGAUGCUGCUUAUGAUAUGGAGGAUGCCAUUGAAAUCUUUACCUUUAGAGUCUCUUCCGAGACGAGAACGCUUGCUUGUUUCUUGAUUAAAGGAUAUGGUGUUCACAAGAUUGUUGCAGAAAUUGAGAAGAUCACAACCAGAAUCUCUAGCUUGAGGCUGAGUUUGCAGACUUACAACGUCAGAGAAAUAAGAGAGAGUAGAGAUGGUGUGAUCUCUUCAUAUCAAAGGCACCAACAACUGAGGCGAACUUACUCGCACAUCAUUGAACCUCAUGUUGUUGGGUUACAAGACAACAUAAAGGAUUUGGUUACACAUCUCGUGAAGAAUGAGAAUUGCCACAAAGUUGUCUCUAUCUGGGGAAUGGGUGGUUUGGGGAAGACCACUCUUGCCAAGCAGGUUUAUCACCACAGCGAAGUUAGGCGCCAUUUUAGUUGUUUUGCUUGGGUGUGUAUAUCUCACAGAUUUCAAGUAAGGGAAGUCUGGGAAGGAAUUCUAGUUAAACUAAUUUGUGCUACAAAUGAGCAACGAGAAGAAAUUGCGAGAAUGAAGGAGGAUGAAAUUGCCAAAAAGCUUUAUCUUGUUCUACAAGAAAGGACAUGUUUGGUGGUGCUUGAUGAUAUCUGGAGUACUGAGACAUGGGAUUCUUUGAAAGCUGGAUUUCCACAUGAGAAAACCAUGAGCAAGAUACUACUCACUACACGCAACAAAGGAGUAGCUCUACACGCAGAUAGGAAAGGGUUUCUUCACCAACCUCGACCACUGAAUGAUUGCGAAAGCUGGCAAUUGUUUGAGAUCAUAGCUAUUUUUGGAAGGGAAGAAACAAAUCCUGAAAUCCACUCAAAGAUGAAAGAGUUGGGAAAGAAGAUGCUUUUGCAUUGUCGAGGUCUGCCGUUAGCCAUCAGUGCACUUGCAGGGCUUCUAGCUAGAAAAGACACAAUUGAUGAGUGGAAUACAGUGCUUAAGAAUGUUUAUUCAUACAUAAGAAGAGGAAGAGGCCAUGAAGAAGAAUAUGCAGGUGCAUCGUGGGUUUUGGCAUUGAGUUAUGAUGACUUACCAUAUCAUUUAAAGCCAUGCUUUCUGUAUUUAGGUCACUUUCCUGAGGAUUCUGAAAUACCAGUGACAUUGUUGACUUAAUUAUGGAUGGCAGAAGGUCUAAUAUCUUUUGGGCAACAAGGACAAAGUUCCAGUGGAUCAUUGGAGGAAAUAGGGUACAGCUACUUGUGUGAAUUAGUGGAAAGGUGUGUGGUUCAAGUUGGAGAAAGGGGUUUAAUCAGAAAGAUUAAAACUUGCUGCAUCCAUGAUCUAAUGAGAGACUUAUGCCUGUUAAAGACAGAAGAGGAGAACUUCCAUCAAAUUGUCAACUUUUCAAGCAAAAAAGAGGCAAUCUAUCCUUCUGCUUCGUCCACAGUAAGUAUGAGUAAAGUUCGUAGACUUGCAAUUUAUUUAGAUUCUGAAGCUGACAGAUUGCUUCCACCAAAAGAUGAAAGAAAUGACCACCUCAGGUCCUUGUUAUACUUUGUACCAAGAAACUGGAUGCCGCGAAAUCAAAGAUUGGUACAUUCAGUUUUUAAGGUCUUCAAACUGCUUAGAGUUUUGAAGUUUGAAAAUAUGAGUAGAGAAGUAGAGCUGCCAAGUGAAAUUGGGAAUAUGGUUCAUCUCAGAUUCCUAAGCCUAAGGCGUUGCCAUAUAAAGCGGUUGCCAUUGUCCAUAGGGAAUUUGAAGAGCAUGCAAACUCUAGAUUUUCGAUUUCGUCAACUGGAUAUUGUUCCAAAUGUGCUGUGGAAGAUGGAACAACUGAGACACUUGUAUUUACCUCUGUACUACCGUGCAAGUGGUAAACUGCGACUAUCUACCCUUCACAAUUUGCAGACCUUAUUACAUGUUGGCAACUCUCAUUUGAGUGAUAUUACUGACCUAACCAAUCUCAAUAAAUUGGCUGUGCAAUUGUCGAGCCCCUCAAAGAAUUUGGAGAAGGUAUUAACAUCUACAAGCGGCACACUUGAGCGCCUCAGGUCUCUAUAUGUGCAUAACUUGGUCGGAACUCGUAGUUGUGCAGAGGUUUCACAAAUAGUUUCAAGAUGUCUCAACCUUUACAAGCUUGAUUUGAAAGGUCCAACUGUAGAGUUACCAAAAAACCUACAUUGCUAUCCAAAUCUCACCAAGUUAUGGUUAUGUCGUUGCUUUCUAAAGGAGAAUCAAAUGUCAGUACUAGAGAAGCUGCCAAAGUUGAGAAGUCUUUCCCUCCAAUCCAACACAUUUGAGGACAGUGUCAAGACACUCGUCUGCUCCAAAGGAGGCUUUCUUCGUCUUGAAUUCCUCUCGCUUUAUUACAUGGAUGAAAUAGAUGAGUGGACUGUGGAGGAAGGAGCCAUGCCUAAUCUCUGCCGGUUGAAGAUUUCGCGGUGUAGAGGAUUGACCACAUUUCCAGAUGGUUUGAGAUAUAACAGUAGCCUUAAAGAGUUGUGCAUUACACGGAUGCCUAGGAUCUUCCUUAGUAAACUUCAGGAAGGAGGAGAAGACUUCUAUAAAAUCAAACAUGUGCCUUCGCUUGUAUUUGGAGAGGCACGCGACUAGG